UUCGUGGACCCAGAGAUUGAAAGAAGUUUCAAAAAUCGAAAUCGAUAUUUAAGAAAAUAAUCAACACUUACUCGCUGCUGGAUUUUGCGACCAGUAAUAAAUAAUUGGUAAAGUGGAUUCUUCCGUCAUCCGUAUAGAAUAUCUCUCGGAAAAAAUGGAAUCGUAUUCAUAAUUUUCUGUCUAGUCCAUUAUUGAAACGAGCGAACUGUUCGAAUUCUUAAUCGCGGGGGAAAAAAAGUACGUUGAAUGCAUCGAAUGUAUCCCAGAAAUACGGUUUCCACGGGCACAGAAUAUUAGCCUUUUAAUUUGAAUGUUGUGAAUCAUUUUUCCAACAACGAGUUCGUAACGAUUGAAAAUCAAAUAAUUGCCGUUCAAUUGCGAGGGGAACGAGAACAUGCGCUAUUCCUUGGAUGAAAGAACGGCAAAUAAAUUAUGUUACAGUUAUAAUCGUGUCAUCGUGUCUAACCGAUUAAUUGUGUCUUGAACUAGUAAAAAGACUCCUAUUGACCUAAAACGACCGAAGUUUUCCUAAUUGUUUUCCUGAAAUAUGAUCGAUGCGUGCACCUAUACAUACCAUAUCAUGUUCGUUUCCGUAAUGCUGCGCAUUGUGACUUCGUGACGCAGUAUCAUCGAGGUUCUGUUGCUUCAUCGUUUAUGAUCAUUUAAAGAUGAUGUCGUCGGAAAAUGAUGCGAAAAAUUCCGGAGAAAGGCUCAUCGAAGAUUCCGCGAUUUUGGAAGUGAGCAUGAUAGCAGUCGGUGGUGUCGUUAAACAAGAAAGUCGCGACGCUGACUUCCUCUCGAAUUGCAGCACUUCGAUAGAAGGCUCUGUGGUAGCAUCGCCUUCCCUUGACAGCUUUUCUACUUUGCCGGAGCAAGAGGUAUCAGAUUUUCAAACAGAUUCCAGAGAUCUGCAGGUUAAAGUCGACAAUCCACAAAAGCAUCUUGAAACGCUUGAAACCUACAUUACCUUUCGCAUAACAACAAAGUCCACAAGACCAGAAUUCGCCGAGGGAGGUUUCGAAUAUGUUGUUCAAAGAAGAUACAAUGAUUUCAUUUGGUUGAGACAAAAGUUGGUGGACUCUUAUCCAACACACAUCAUUCCACCAAUGCCUGGGAAACAUACGUUACUCGCACAGUUAGAUCGUUACUCCAAAGAAUUUAUUAUAGCUCGUAUGAAAUUAUUGCAUAUAUUUCUUAACAGAGUGGUUAAUCAUCCUAUUCUUAGUUGCGAUAGAAAUUUGUAUAUUUUUUUAACCACCAAACCCGCGGAAUUUCUUGUACACCGUAAAAGUCGUGCAAAUGUUCUCAUCAAAAUGACCGACUCCUUGCAAAAUAUAGCAAGCACGUACACUAUGAAACAACGUCAUUUUGAAUUUGAACAAGUCCGAGACUAUUGUACAGCCCUUUGCGAGAAAUUAGUAACCAUAGAUAAAAUAAAUCAUCGGAUACACAAAGAGAGACAAGACUAUUUGCUAGAGCUACAUCAAUUGCAUCCGAUAUUCACAUUAUGGGCAACUUCUGAACCAGAACUUGCUCCUAUUUUAUUAGCGAUUGCCAAAGGUAUAGAAUGCAAUGCAGAAGCUCAUCAAAAACUGCUAGAAAAUGUUCCGCAUGAGGAGCGAGAAUAUAUCUCGUAUAUAGAUGCAGUAAAGAGUGCUUUAUCUCGGCGGGAUUCAAUGCAAAUCGAAUACGAAAUCACUAUAGACGAUUUGACGAAGAAAAGAUCCGAGAAAGAUCAGUUAAUUGGGCUUUCGAGUGGCACAAUCUCGACACAAAAUUGGGGUGGAUCGUUGUGGAAGGCAGAAUCUCGUGAUGAAAAAUUAGAGAGACUCGGACAGGCGAUUCCUCGAUUAGCAAAACAAGGAGAAGUACUGCAGGAUCGUGUGGAAUGUGCUAAUGAAAAUUUGCGUAGCGAUUUGCAAAGAUGGAACGUGGAGAAACAGAUGGAUCUAAAGAAUAUGUUGAUUUCUAUGGCAGAUCGACAAAUUCGUCAUUAUCAGCAAUGCAUGAACGCAUGGGAAGAAAUUCUGACCGGCUUAAAGUUAGACGGAGUUGGAUCCGACGUAACCGUAGGUCCACCUAUUAAAAUUCCCGUUUGAACCGCAACAAAAUUCUAUUUUGCUAUAUGGAUACACACGUACACACAUUUUAAAACAUCUCGUGCAUUUAUGUGAGGUAAAGACAAAAACAUCCAAAGCAUAUGCUAUUACCGAUGAUACGUUUAUUGCAAUUAAGAAACUGACUUCACCAGCUUUAAUGUCAUCGCUUCAGCAAUUAAAUAACUUUGUCUUUCAAAUUCUCGAGUGUUCUUUGUUGAAAGUUCGAUUAGUACUUACAUAAAUUACAAGUGCGCCCGUUAGAUUGCACAUUUGUAUAAUGUAUUCAUAGUUUCGAUAUAUAAAAAAGUUUAUGGUAAAAUGGCUUUAUGAUACAAUAAGUUCGUGAAACAUGACAAAAAUUAAAUUAAUAUGAUUAAUUCUAUAAGUAUUAGCUAGUGCAAAUUUCGGCAUAGACUCGACUAUGAUCUUAGAUCACCAAUUAAGUUUGGGACCAAGUACUACACGAUUUUUCUCGUUAGUUCUCUCUCCCCCUUACUUUUGAACCACAUACAACACAUUUAUUGACAAUCAGUUUUUAGUCACCUGUAUCUGAUAAUAGAUAUCAAAGUUAUCUAUAUAUCAUAGAUAGUCAAUAUAUAAUGCUAGAAUACAAUUUACAAAUUCAAGCAAACGCUUACAAUGUUCGUUGUAUCAUUAAUCAGUACUCUUACUCUAUAUUAUUAAGUUUUUUGGACAAUCUAUAUACGGCAGCACUUAACAAUCAACUUAUUCAGUAGUCUUGUGAAAAAAGGUAGACCACUGGAUCUAUACAACGUGUCGUAUCUGCUGUUAUCCACGCUUGGAACUAACAAUGUUUGAAAUAGUUAUUAUAUAUUAUAUACAUAUACAUACUAUAUAGUAUAUGGUAUAUAUAUAUACAUAUAUGUAUAUAUAUAUAUAUAUGUAUAUAUAUGUAUAUAUAUAUAGUAGUUACGGUCUCAAGACAUUCAUUACAUUGUACACGUUACCUUAUUAAUGAUGAAACUCUUAGAUUUGUAUUAAUAAAUAAAUUAUUGUUUGCAACAUA